GUCAACAUAAGGUCAUAUUGAUAAAACGUAUUUCAGAGGAGAGGGUGCGAACGGGAUUGUCAAACACGUCCAUGAAAGGGCAGUGCUUUCGUGGACACAAGUCCAGGGCACAGCGGCCGCGGCAAGCAUUGCUCAAGCCAUGGCUUGUGCGUCAUUAGACGAACUUCUCGCCAAGAUGCGUGGCGGGGAAGCCGGGGAGGAGAAAAGGCCAGUCUCGUCGAGCUCCACGUCAAGCCGCUUGCCACCAAGAGGAACAUACAUGGACGUCCAAGAACUCGACGACGACGACUGGGAAGGCGACAACUCGGACGCUAUUGUAUACAUUGCGCCGAAACAGUUCGCUACUUGCCAUGUCUCGACGACACAUGCCAAGAUCGUCUCGAGCAAGGGGUCCACAACAACGAACGAUAUCAAGGCAUACAUCGACCACGCCAUUAGUUUGAAACGAAAAGCCCUCGAUAUGGAAAAGUCAAGUGCUGCGUACCGAGACGCGUUGGACCUCUAUACAGAGGCGGGGUGCAUAUUUCUGCGAGCUGGGCGGGCGUCACCACCUGGUUUCCUGCAGAAUGCGCUGAAGAUGGAGGCUUUCUCGUUGCUGAUACAAGCCGAACGAUUAGAGCGAUGGAGCAACCUCCUCAUGCGUGGUUCUUGCCCCGGGAGUGCCUUGAAUUGUGACUCGCACGUCGCUAGCCCAAGGUGCCUACGUACAAGAUUCCUGUCGUGAAGUCCACUUGCACAGCAGACGUCGAGACCCAGGGCAACCACUGCGAGGCCAUAGAGACAACCGUCCCGCCUCCAUGUAUCAUUUCGUAAUCUGACAUCGUCCCGUCUGCCUCAA